AUGCAGCGGUGCGAAGCCCUGGCCUUGUUCGCGGCGCUGGAGCUGGGGCUGCUGGUCGCCGUACAAUCAUGUGGGCACCAUUUCGUACACCAAGAUAUCAAAGACCUGGUCGCCAGGCAUGUCGCACAUCAAGCCCACAUGGCAUCGGCGUCUUGGGGCCCGCGGACGACAGCCUCCUACACCGCGAAAUUCAGCGACAAUGCCCACCGGCUUACAAGUGAACUAGGGACUCACAGUCACGAUCACGGUCCUGGUGGCGGCCAUCGCCACGCCCGCACGCCUGAUGACGCCGCAGCGAGCAGCGGCGGACUUGACGAGGAGCCGGCGGCGGCGACGACAGAUCAGCUGCCGCAAUGGCCAGAGGGAUCCCAGAGGGACGGCGCUGUCGGCUCAGAAGGUGUCGCGGCUACACGGGGCCUGGACGGCGAGGGCGCAGCGAGCCGUGGGGACCAGCAGACGAACAAGGAGGAGGAAGAGGAGGCGAAGGAGGACUUGCAUGACAGCAAUCCUGCCGGUGUGGAGGAGGAGGAGGAGGAGGAGGUCAAGGCGGUGUCAGGCCUACGGGGCCGCAGUCUUCAGCAGACAACAACGACAACAACGACGGCACCGGUACCAGCGCCCAUUCGGCUUUCCGUGACAUACCAGCAGCUGGGGGCGCUCAACCUCAUGCAACAGCAGAGGCUGACCAGGGUAGUGGAGGCAGUCCGCCGCAUCCUGCAGAAGUACAUCAACGUGAAGCAACCCUCCAGGAACGGCAUGUUGGUGGACCCCCUAUGUGAUGUGGAGACCUGGAGCUGCUUCCCCAGCUUCGCGACCUCCUCCACGGAUGCGGAUCGGAUGUGCGGUCUGGCGGUGAUCCAGCCGGCGCAUAUCGUCAACCCCGUCAGCUGCGCUACGGGCGUCACCAGGGGGCAGUUCACGUUGCAGAUGCUAGGCAGGACGGCGCCGUUCUCGGCCGCGGGUAAUGGCUCAUCGGCGUAUGGGACCAACUGCAAGAGCUAUGCCGGGACCAAGGGCGAAGAGACGGACAUGUACAUGUACAUCACAGCUGUACAGAACAACGACUGCGAAGCCGGCGCCGCCGCCUGGGCCAAGCCGUGCCUCAUGGACAUUGGCAUCAACCGGCCCCUGCUGGGGGCGGCAAAUGUGUGUCCCGGGGCGCUGGAGCUCCUGGAUGAGGAACGGCUGACGGCGGUCCUCACACACGAGAUUAUUCAUGCGCUGGGUUUCACGGACUCGAUGUACAACGUGACACGGCGUCCCGACGGCACUCAGCGUCCCGGGAGUGAGAUGGUGGCGGUGGCCGACGUGGGCGGCAAGGCGGUGAAGCUGCUGACCAGCCCCAACGUGCGGGAAGCUGCUCGCGCGCAGUUUGGCUGCCCGAGUCUGCUUGGCGCCCAGUUGGAGGAUGAGGGCAAUGCGGGCAGCGCCGGGUCGCACUGGGAGUAUACGCAUUACCAGGGCGAGGUGAUGGUCGCCUCGACCAUCUUUGCCGCAGACGGCUCCCCGGCCAGGGUGUCCAAUUUGACGUUGGCGUACCUGGACGACACGGGCUGGUACGUCACCAACCGCUCGGCUGCCGGCCUGCUGUCCUGGGGCCGCGGUGCGGGGUGCGACCUGCCCACCAAGUCGUGCUCGGCGUACAUGGCGGCAGCGCCCGGGCAGAAGCUGUUUUGCGAUCCGACGGCGGCGUCGAGUGCCAGCCUCCCCACCUUGCUUUGCAGUGCGGACUACAAGUCCACGGGUGUGUGUCGCUCGCUCAACUUCACGGGCGGCUGCGGAGUGCUGCUGACCAGCAGCCCGCAGACGUGCAUGGGCCCCGACGCGGCCAACGACAGGCAGGAGGUGUUUGGCUGGGGCACGGGCUCCCCCUCGGGCCGAUGUCUCCCGGUGGUGUACCGCUUCCAAGCUUCCAUUGGCUCCAUCCGCUACACCUACCCCACAAACGGCAGCGACGGCGACUCCGGCGCCGCCUGCUUCGACACGGCUUGCUCCGCCAACGGCUCCGUCGCCUACGUCAAACUGUUGGGCCAGCAGUUCCCGUGUCCUGCGGCCACAGACCUCUGCCCCUCGCAGACCUGUAGCGCCUGCAACUCAGCGGGCGGACAGUGCCAAAACGGCGUCUGCUACUGCUAUCUAUCAUACAACGGCAGCGACUGCGGCUACAGCCUCAUUAGCGAGCAGUACGUGACGGACUCAGGUUGGGGCUGGGUGGUCGGGAAUGGCAGCCAGCCUAGCCCGCCGCCGCCGCCGCCACUGACCAUCUGGACUCAGCUCGUCCAGCUGACGCUGUCGUUGAAUAACUCCGUCGUUGAUGUUAAGUCGCGGCAGGGGAAGCUGCAAUCGACGAUUGCGGAAUGGGCGGGUCUCAGUGGCAGCGCCGUGACCAUCGUGAUCGUUUCCGCGGGAAGCAACAGCAACAGCUCGUCUUACGUCGGCACCGGCAACAGCAGCGUGGCGGGGGAGUCUUAUGGCGGGGCGACGGACACCUCGAUUGCUGUGAGCGGCAGCAGAAGACGGAGCGACAGCCGCCGCCGCCGCCGGGCCCGUGUACUGCAGCAGUCGACGACGUCGACGACGACGGCGAGGGUGGGAGCGGUGACCACGGUGAUGCUGACGCCGAGCGGCACCCGGCCGGCGACGACACUGUUGGGCUGGCUGAAGAGCAACGCGCCCGAACGGACUGCGCUGGUUGCUAAGCUGGCCAACACGAGCUUUUUCGUGGUGCCCAACGGCAUUAGCACGGAGUCCAUCAUCACGCAAGCCAUGGACACGUCGUCGCCUCCGCCUGUCAUCGCGGCCGUCGCCCCGGCCAGCGCCAACCCCGCCCGCACCCGCGCGAUCAUCGGCGUCGGCAUUGCCGUCGCCGCUGCGGCAGUCAUGGGCAUUAUUGCGGCCUUCAUCGUCGUCUUGGUGCUACGGCACCGUCAGGAGCAACGCCGGUCACGAACGAGCUUCUACCAAGUGCCUGCCGCGGUCGCCAUGGACGAGUCGCCGUACGGCAGCGGCGGCGGCGCACCGUACGACUCCGGCUUCGGGAUGGGCGGCGGCGGCGGCGGCCCAUUUGGCCGCGGGCCUCCCGGGCCGCAGCCUUUUGACUGUCGCGGGCCUCAGGGUGGUGGUGGGCCGUGGCCUAGCGCCCGGUACGGCACCCUGGCGGCCAGCGGCCCGUUGGGAUCCUUUGGCGCCGCCGCCGCGGCGGCGGGUCAACCUCAGCUGCCGCUGCCACCCUCGUCCAUGCCGGAGUUCUCUGCAGCCCAGGGCCGGUUCUCGCCCCUGUACUGUGGCGCGGAAGCACGGGGGUACAUGUAA